AGAAAGAUGGCUGAUGUCGAUGUUGAGACACUCUUGAAGGCCUGGACCACCGCCUUUACAGAGGAGAAUCUUGAAUAUGCUCAACCUACGGAGGUCAGAGAUGAAGAGGUGUUUGGUGAUGUUUACCAUUCUUUGAUACACUCUCCUUUAUCUUUAACUAUUCUACAGCUAGAGGCCAGCUACGCUUGUACAGUGGAAACCCUUUGUAGAGAGAGAGAUUAUAAGCUGGGUGAGCUAGAAGCCAGGCAGAAUAAGGAUAUGGCUGAUGCGGUCAACUCAGCAUCCCAGGGGAAUGGUAAAGGAAUGACGGAACAGGAAAUAAAUGUGCUGGCCACCCAGCAGAUUGAUGAACGAGAACUUCUUAUAUCUAAGUUUGAAUCCGAGCUGGCAACCCUACAUAGAACUCAGUUCUCAGAGUUUAGACAGUGGGUUAUGUGUGUACAUGAAGAGUACAAGACUAGUGCUCAGCACCAUCUUGGUUCCUUCCCUAGAAGUGAAUCAGCAUUCUCUAUGUCCUCUCAGACAGAAGUAUCCGCCCUUCAAGAGAGUUUUACUGUUACUCUAGGGGCUCAGAUGAAACAAAUGCACAAUUUACGACUGGUUGCUGCAAAUAUCCUGGAUCUGUGUAAAUAUCCAUCAGGGGAGGAAGCACUGCCCCAGAGAUUGCAAACCAGUAUGUCACUCUACUCAAACAAUCUCUGUGGAUUACUCCUUCUCUCAGAUAGCAAGAUACAACUCAACUCAGGUAUUACCCGUGAGCUGUCUGAUCUGUGUAAUAGAUCAACAGAGUUCCAUUUUCCUACACUAGAGGCACAGCUUCAGAACAUUAAGGGAGACAUCCGUAAAUCCAGUUCAUGGCGGGAGGACUUCAUGAAGAAGAGAGCUGAGCUAGAAGCCCGGCUAGGCGGGGAGCUGGUCAACUCUACCCAGCAGAAGAAGGAUUUUAAUAAACUGAACAGUGGGGACUUCUACCUGACUAGGCAUAGUAAUCUUUGUGAGACACAUGUCGUCUUCCAUCUCAUAGCAGAGGAUAAUCUUGAUGAUGGAAACGUCAGUUCGCGUCACCCUGUAAUAAUUGGUUUGAGAAAUGUGUUGAAAACUGCGUGUUUGAAUGAUAUAACAACAGUUACCAUCCCUCUUCUUCUCUCACACAAGAUGACAGAGAGAAUGACGGUUGCCUGGUGUAUGAAGAGAGCUGAGCUUAUGUUCAAGUGCAUUAAAGGAUUUAUGAUGGAGAUGUCAGGUUGGGGAGGGACAGAGGUUAAAACUUUACAGUUUCUUCUUCCAGCAGAUAUUCAUCAGGAUGUUUUUGUGAAGUUGACAUCCUUACUGACCUCAAUAUUCAGGGUUUCAACUCCUAUCAGGGGUUCUUAAAUCUUGGUCGAUAGUUUCAUUCCAAUUGAUCAAAUAAAAUAUAAAUUUAUAGCAUAUUCUUAAACUUUAAAAAAUUCAUGCAUAACUACCGUUGUUGAAGCAUUUAUUUAAUUUUUCCAAACUUAAACUUUCGUGAUCUGUUGUUUAAUUACAUAACUGUGAUACAUUUUAAUUUACAUAAUUUAUUUAUACUAUCCUUGAGAACAUAUGUAUUAUGUCGUCUUGUUCAGUUUAUAAUUUACA